AAGGAAGGAAAAAAGCUGCUGACCCUUGGAAGGCCUCGGGCAGGCAGGGAUCUCCAGUCAGACACCCUUGCCUCCACUGCCAACCCUUCAGUGAGGUCUGGGAAGGGUUUGCAUGCACCUGAGCUCCCCUGGGUUGGCCCUGCCUUCCCACCAGGUGCUCAAUCACUGCUUCAAGCUGUGACUGAGCAUUGCCACCGCACCCCUGCAAAAUUGCUGCUGGGCCCCAGCCUUCAUUUCAGACAUUCCAAAGGAAGAAGAGCACAGACUUCACAGAGUGCAACUUGUGCUUUAUUGACCCACCGAUGGCUGGCUGUGCCGUAUCCAGCAUAUUUUUAACAAAACCCCACUCGAGUCACGGUGGAGAGCCAAGUGCUCAGCUGGGGCAUGGACUGUCCGGUGACAUCACAAGCACAGUGACCUCACAAGCACUGUCUUUCGGGCCGUGGCUGCCACCAGUGAGUGCCACAGCCGUGAGCGCUGCGCAGGAGUGCGGACACGCUGCGUCAGCCCUCGUCCCGGCUGGCAGUGAGAGUGGUGGUGGCUGACGGGUGCUGCCCGCUCUCGCUGACGGUGUUGCUCAGCCAUCGGGCUGGUGUGUUAGCUGGAAGGGAGAAGGCCUGCAGCUGUGCCUGGGUAAGCCACAACCGUAGGUUCGUCAAACACGUGAGUCGUACCAGUGCAUCCCUUGCAGCUGCAGCAAGGGGAGAAGAUGGAUUCAUUCUCAUGACAGGAACGCAAAAUGUGUGCUGCAAGUUACGUAACUGUAGGUGAGAUGGAGGACAGUACUUGCUGGGAGAGGUCGUGGCAGUUAGACGCAAGUUGGAUCUAGAGUUGGCACAGUUCUUCAACCAGCUGCUUCCGAGACGCUGCCCUCCUCGAGAGUCUAAAUUGCAUAAAAGGAAAGCUGGGGAAAUGCUUAUUCCUCAUUCUUUUCCGGUUCUUGACCCUUUCCUCAGGGUCCCGGUCGGAAAGGCGAUUUUGCGGAUCCAAGCAGUCCAAGAAGGAGGGCGUCCGGCUCUUUCCAAGAGCAGGGAACUCCUCUGAAGCCGAGCUUGCUCUGAGAAUUUCAUCAUGUCUCAGCGAGGAGUCGACUGCUACUUCUAUUUUUACUCCACCUGCACGAAGGUAUGGUUGGGUUUCCUUUGCCUGCAUUUUCUUCCUUGUCCUCAUUCGUAAGAGAAAGGGGUGGAGCAGGGGGAGACCUACCACUGAUGCGUUACCUUCACAACCGGUGGGAUUCUGCGCUCGCUGCUAACAAGCUGGGCUGAUAGCAUGGGCACGUUUCAGGCCGUACUCUUAUUUUCCCGUGUGGUUUCCUUUUGCGUGCAGGGAGACAGCUGUCCCUUCCGCCACUGUGAAGCGGCUCUGGGGAGCGAACAAGUGUGCCGGCUGUGGGUGGAGGGUCGCUGUUCCAGUGGCAACUGCAAGUUCAGGCACAUGAGAAUUGAUAAGAAGCGCAGUGAGAUUCCGUGCUAUUGGGAGGAUCAACCAGGAGGCUGUCAGAAAGCCCACUGCGCCUUUCUCCACUUGAAGGAACGCGGUGGGAACGGACUGGCCGUACCACCAAGCCAAAAAGCUGACGCCAGUGGCCUUCCUCCGAAGAGCGGCCUUGCAGGAAGUCUGGGCAAGAAGCCUGGGAAGGCACCAAAGAGAGGUACAGAUACUCAACAGGCAUCUGGGCUUGAUGCACUGUCUUUCUGCUUAGCUGUUCUGAUUGUUCUUUCCUGGGACUGUUCCCUGCAGUUGACAUCCCAACUUCCUCCCAUGGCCCGGCUGGAAAAAAACGCAAGCGAUCUGAGGAGGAGGAGGGAAAAGUAAAAGAAUUGCCCUGCAAGAAACGAGUCAAGGGUGAGCACAGGGAGCUCGUGACGGCAUCUCAGAAAAGUAACGCUGCCACCUAGGAUUGCUCUGUGUCAGAGUUUUCCUUGCCCUGGGGUAUUCCUGGGCGCAGCCAUUGGGUUUCUUGGUUCCUCUGUAUGCACUGCUGGCAGACAGAGAUGACUGUGUGGAAGACAUUGCUGAGAAUCCAGCACGUGGCAGUGUAACUCCACUGGUCAAGUGUAUUUAACUUUGAGGAAGGGUUGCGGGAACGAUAAGAGAACGUGGAUCUCUCUCGAGGCACAGCAGGACUCUACCAGCUCUCCCUUCCU